AUGCCGAGAAGGCAAUAUUUCAGCUACACAAUCGUUCUCAACAAUCUCAUGAUAAAAACGUUUACUCAACUAUCAAACUAUUUAUGGACACCAAAAACAGAAUAUGGUGAAAUAGAAAGUGAAUGUGUGGAUUGUGAGUCUGGUUCGACUUGCCCAAUGAAUGACUGGCCAUCAACGGAUGAUUUUGCUAAUAUUGCCACAAAUAUAAAUCGUCCUGAUCUUGGACCAAAAAUGUGUAAUGCUUAUGGCUCUGCACUCCAUUAUAAUAUGUAUAAUGGAAAUUUUGAAAUUUUGGAUGAAAUUCUAGAAGACAAAAGAGAAGAGGCCUACAGAAAACUAAUUGGUAUGUUGCUAGAUAAAAGUGAAGUAUUAACUAGUUGUAUUGGUAAUCUAAGUGGUUACAAAUAUUAUAUUAAAUCUAAGUGGAGUGCACAAUGUAGAUAUAUUGGAGUUGAUAAAUUUACCAAAAUGGAAG